UUUUUUUUUAAACAUAUUGCUAAUAAUUCAGAUCGUUUUUUUUUUAAACAUAUCGCUAAUAAUUCAGAUCAUAACCGCCAAGUUUGCAGUUUCGAUAUUCGAUUCAUUAAAAUGUCGUCGAAAAAUAAAAGUGUGCUCUGGAAUUUUUAUGACAAAUCCACCGACGGCGGCGUUUGUAAAUUGUGCAAACAAAAUGUCAAAACCAGUGGCAAUACUACAAACUUGAAAAACCAUAUUAAACGCAAACAUCCGUCUAUCAAUGUUGACAAGAUGUCUAAGAUGUCCAGACAUUCAAUUUCCAUGCAUUCUACAACUACAAGCAUCCAUGAAACAGACGAAAAUGUUGUUUCUCGUCCUCGAUCUUCGAUCAGUACCAGUUCAUGCCAAUCUUCUAAUUCUAAAAGUGUCGAUGUUGGUUCUGAGUGUUCUGCUUCUGAGUUUUCUGAUUCUGUUUUAAGUGUAUCAACACCUUCACUAUCAGUGUGUAGCUCUCAGAGUCUGAAGCAGCCGAAAAUUUACGAUUCAUUCUCAGAUAUUAGAUCGUAUGAUGUUAGAGGUUCCAAAUCCCAAGCAAUCACUGAUGCAAUUGUAUAUAUGAUAGCCAAAGACAAUAUGCCUUUAUCGACCACUGAAAAACCUGUGAAAUCUAAAUUAGUAAGUAUUCAGUUUAUGUCUAUUACUGCUGAUAUUUGGACAGAUGUAAUAAAUACCAAUAGUUUCCUGGAACUUGCCGAUACCCAUACUUCGAGUCAUAUAAGUGAGUGGUUUGAAAAACUGCUUACAGAAUGGAGGAUCUGUAAGGAUCAAGUAGUAACUGUUGUUACCGAUAAUGGUGCAAAUAUAUUGGCAGCUGUAAAAACCACAUUUGACACUCAUAAACAUUUACCAUGUUUUGCGCAUACUUUAAACCUUAUUGAUCGUUUUUUAUUAUGUUCGAACCAUAUUGCGUCAAUAUUAAUAAACAAUCCUCAAGGACCUUCAAUGUUAUCUGCAACAGAUAUCGAUAUUGCCAGGGAAAUAAAUCUUGUCCUUAAGCCUUUUGAAGUGGCAACCAGAGAAUUAUGUGGGGAGAAUUAUAUUACCGGCAGCACUGUAAUUCCCUUGAUUCACUGCCUCAUAAAAAAAUGCGAACAAAUAAAUGUUAUUAAUCCUAUUGCUUUACAAUUAAAAUCUGCCCUGUUGGACAAUUUAAAUCGAUGGUUCGGUAGGAUGGAGGAAAUACAAAAUCUCACAAUUGCUACCAUUUUAGACCCUAGGUUUAAAACGCUACAUUCUAAUAACCCAUUAGCAUCCUCUAAAGCUAUUCGCACAAUUCGCCUGAAACUUGCAGAUUUAAAAACUAAUUCUAGUAGGUCAAAUAAAGAGUCUAGUGAUGAUGAUACCGAAACGGCUGAUAGUUUGUGGUCUUUUCAUAACGAAUUGGUCUCAAAAAAAGCCUCGGAAAAUUCUGAAGACAACAAUGAGCGCAUGCCAACUGAUUUGAAACAUUUUUUGAAUCAACCAACAAUACCUAUACAUGAAAAUAUUAUUAAAUUUUGGGAUGUCCAUAAAAUGAUGUAUCCUAACAUAGCUAAAAUAGCUCAGCCUUACUUGUCACUUUUCGCAACAUCAGUUCCUUCUGAACGAUUAUUUUCCAAGGCAGGUAAUAAUAAUGAAUGCUAAAAGAAAUAGAUUAAGUGGGGAAAAAUUGCAGCAACUUUUAUUUUUAAGUUCACUAAAUUUAGAUGACUGGCAUUUAAAAUGAUGAGUUUAUUGUAAAUAUGUUGUAAUUAUUUUGUAUAAAUUAUUUGUAAAUAUGUAUAUCUGUACUGCCUACAGUUUUGUAUAUAAUAUAUAAUGAUUGUUCGCGCCAUAAGCCGCGAAAUAAAUGUAACGUGUUGUAAUUCGUCUGUAUUGUGUUAUCAUUUUCGUGCGAUGUGUAGCGGUGCGUUGCGUGUCCGCAGCCAUCGUCGGCGGUGGUGAUAAGCCUCCGUGUGCGACCGGCCGGGCACGUAAUCGCGCUGUUAUCGUCGCGCGUAAAUGUUCGUUGUUCCACGUUUUCUUCAUAUUGUCGGUUAUGUUUUUGUAAAAGUAAAAGUCAUGUUCUCAGUGCCAAAGUUUCGUAAGUUCUCGUGUAUUUUUGGUUUAGUGUGGUGGCACUGAGACAUUUAUCUUCGUUGUGGUGUCCGACGGCAUAGCUUUCGUGGUGAAUGUCGUCGGCACCGUCGCUCUCUCGUUUUUGUGUCUUCGUGGUGUGCACAUCUAAUUUCAUUUUUGUCAAGUCCGUACGUCCGCAGCCAUUUUCAUUCAAACCACGUUUUUUUGUGUAGUGUCAUUUUCUUUUUGUGAAUAACGUGGUUUUCAUUCAUUGUGUCAUCGUCCAGGGCUGUGGAUCGUUGCAGUUUUUUCGUUGGUGACUGUGCUUGAGUGGUCGCACGUACCAAUUCUGUGAUUUAUUUUUUAUUGAUACACUGCGGUGUGCCGUCAUAGGCAAUUGUUUAAUCACAGGGUUGGUGCGGUCGCGUGGAUGGAAUCAACCAUUUCAACAUAGUCACAAGUGAGUAUUGGUCGACCAUAUUUGUUCAUUUGUGGUUAAAGGCCGACGGGCCUAGCCGUCGUAGGCACGUUAUUUAUUAUUAUAUAUAUAGAGCUCUUGUAUUGCCGCCAUAGGCACAUAUUUAUUGUAUCACUGCGGUAUGCCGUCGUAGGCAAAUUAUUAUAAAAUUCUUAUUUCGUGUGUGCCAUGUGGGCCACACAUUUUAUUUAGUUAUUUAUUUCUUAUUAUUUGCGCGCCGUGUUGGGCCAA